UCCUUCCGCCCUCGGCCCCAGCGAGGUUUCCGGAAAGGGCGCCCGCGCUGGGCCCGGGAGCCGCGUCGCAGGGGAGAGGCGGGUAGAAUCAGCCAUUGGUCCAAGGAGCCCUGGUUCUGUUUAUUGGAGAACAGAGGAGAAAUCAAGAUCCAGGAAUCAUGGCAGAUGAUGGAGAUAACAAAAACCAAGUUCACGAGGAGCUUUGGUUAGAUGAAGAAUUUAUGAAAGAUGAACAAAGAGAGAGAUUAAUUGAUAAAAUUGCAAAGGAAAAUAUCCAGUUAAAGAAAGAGAUCCAAAGUCUUGAGGCUAAGUUACAAGAGACCACCAGAAACUCCCAGAUUAAAGUGGAUAUUCCAGAAACAGAGAUGAAAUUCACAUCUUUAGAGAAUCCUGAGAAUGACAGCCAGUUUUUAAAUAUCUCUUGUUCAUUUCAAGUGAGCUCGCAAGUUCUUUAUGAGCUACAGAAAGGACAAGCACUUAUCACCUUUGAAAAAGAAGAAGUUGCCCAAAAUGUCAUCAGAAUGGGGAAACAUCAUGUGCCGAUCGAGGAUGUAGAUGUGGAGGUUAUGGCCAAACCGGUUCCAUUAAAUCCGGGAGUCAGAUUCCAGGCUCAUGUAGAAGUGUCUAAGGUGAAGAUCAAUGUUACUGAAAUUCCUGAUGAAUUGCCUGAAGAUCAGAUGAGAGACAAGCUAGAACUGAGCUUUUCUAAGUCCCGAAAUGGAGGUGGAGAAGUGCUGUGCGUGCAGUAUGAUAAGCAGUCCCAGAGUGCUGUGAUCACAUUUUUGGAAACUGGAGUUGCUGACAAGAUUUUGAAAAAGAAAGAAUAUCCGCUUUGUAUAAAUCAGAAGUGCUAUAAGGUUAUUGUUUCUCCAUACAUAGAAACAGACUUGAAAAAUUAUCAGGCAUUUUCAGGAAUAUCUAAGAGGACAGUGCUUCUCACUGGAAUGGAAAAUCUUCAGAUGGUGGAUGAAGAAAUUUUAGAGGAUUUAGUUAACAUUUACUUUCAACGGGAGACGAAUGGAGGCGGAGAAGUAGAAGUGGUCAAAUGUUGUCUGGGUCAGCCUUGCAUAGCAUACUUUGAAGACUAGAGGCAUGGAAUUAGAUGAAUAUUAGAGCUUCUGAGCCCAAAGCGCUAUCAAUGUGUGACAAAAAUGAAUAUCCCUUUCCUUUAAAAAAUGUAAACUUUAAUUCUUUAAAAAAAUUUUUCUUAGAUGUUUACUUUUGAGAGACAGAG